GAUCAGGGUAACUCAGCCAAUUUCGAAAAACCAAAAACAUGUUUGUCUUUUCUCAGGGAUCUAAACAAGAUAGACGAUCUGAUGGAAGACAUCAACGAGCAGCAAGAUGUGGCCCGGGAAAUCAACGAAGCCAUCUCCAGACCCUACGGCGAAACUUACGACGAGGAUGAGCUGCUGGCCGAGCUAGAGGAGCUGGAGCAGGAGGACAUGGAGGAUAACCUGAGGAGCAUGGGAGGACUGCCCUCAGUGCCCAGUGCAAGACUGCCCUCGGCUCCAUCAGGACGCGUAGCUCACCGCGCAACGGCCAGAAGAAGGGGCGAGGAUGAGGAAGACAUGCGCAUGCUGGCAUCGUGGGGAUCAUAAGCCUUUUUUUUUCGAGAGGGGAGCGAAAAACCGACAGAUUUCCAUUUUUAAUUUCUCAGGGGGUUUGAAGCAAUUGCCACCAUCUUGGGACAUGUUCCUCAUGUAUUCAUUGAGCAGCCAGCCGCCAUGUUACACUGAAGGAAAUUGUUUACUGUGCUUCCUGUCACUUUUUUUUCCUGUUUCAUUUUAAAAUUUGAUAUGAAUUGUGGCCGAGUCACUAACUCUGAAGGAUUUCCAGCACUGAGCAAAAACCUACACUCUACUUGUAACACAGCUGUAGAUAAACUGUUUGCUCCAUUGUAAAUAUUUUUGCUUUUAUGUUAAACUAUAAUAAAAAAAGAAAAACACACCUUCCUAUAA